GUUGAUGCUGUCUGACUUAUCGUUGGCCGGAGCGGAGCAAGUGUCAAUGUGGAAAGUUUCCGUUUCAUGACGAUAGAGUCUACCUGAGAUACUAUCAUUUUAAAGAAGAUGAAUGAAGCUAAAUUUGUGUACCAGAACAUUCCACCAGUGACUUUACAUUUGUCAGAAGAGACUACCACAUGCAGUUUAUGUGUAAGAAAUAUGGAAGGCAUUGAGAACCAAUUUAAAGACUUUGUGGAAAUAUUCCUUGUUGAAGUUUACAGAUGUAAAAUCUGCACAUUCACCAGUAGCCUGAAGGUCAAAAUGAACUCUCAUGUUGAAAACCUUCAUAAACCCAAAAGAAAUGAUCAGUUUUCUAAGAAAGUGAUGAGCACAUGUCACACAGAACAUGACUCCUCAUACAGUACUGAUGUAGAAAUUGACACUGAAAGUAAAGUGGCUGAGGACAUUAUUGUGGAUAAUCUGGAGAGGAUGUCAUUUCUUCUUCCUAUGUACAGAAUGUUUCACAACAUUAGCCCAGUGUCCUGUGAAAUGGGACUGGGAGGGCACAAUGGUAAUCUUCACUCUGCUGAUGCAUGUGAGGUCAGCACACUGUUUGAAGUGGAGUCUGCAACUUUUCAGUUGGAUGGAACUCACUCUGUGGUACCAGGGUCCGUUGGGACAACUAUGCCUGAAGAUGAUGAGGAAGCUCAGUCAGAACACCUUAUGUCACUCGGCCUUUGCCGAAUAUCCAACAGUAAUAAAACUCAUACAAUGAACAUGGAAACCAGUGAUGAUCAUAUCAUUCUGAAGAAGCAAAGGCAUCUCAGUAAGAAAAAGCGGAGUGAAAACCGACAUUCUAAUAAUGCUGGUAACUCUCAAACUGGCUUGAAAAAUAAAUGUUAUAUUUGCAAGAUGUGCAAACUAGACUUUAAGUCAAAAGAUAUUUAUAACCUUCACUUGAACUGUCAUGAUAGUGAUACAGGUUUUAAAUGCAUGUACUGCAGUUCCUGCAUGACUGAGUGGACCUUGAUGGAACAACACCUCAAGGGCCACAAUCCCAAAAGCUUAAGCUUCAGUUGCUCAGUUUGCAAGAAGGGUUUCACCAGGUGGAAUGAUUGGAAACUGCAUGAAGUCACCCAUCAACAAAAGCCAGGCCUGUUCUAUUGUUCAAAGUGCCCAUCCUUCUAUUCUUCUCAGCAUCUGAGAGAUAUGCAUUCUGCUUGCCAUUAUGAAGACGUUUUUAAGUGUACAGAGUGUGACUUUACAGAUGAAGCAUGGACCAAGGUUUAUAAACAUCUAUGCAACCAUGACAAUAGUAUUAAGCCACAUGGAUGUACUGAUUGUGGCAAGAGAUUCUUCAGAACAGUUGAACUGAAGGAACAUAUGGCGAGGCAUAACGAAGCAAGACCUUUUCUCUGCCAGUUUUGUGGACGGACAUUCAAGUAUAGAAGGCAGAUGAAUAAACAUCACAGACAUGUCCAUCAGACGGCAAAGGAAAAAAGGAGAGAACAUGAAAAUGAUUCAACAAGUAAACAGCACGUGAAGAAGGAGCCUCAAAAUAAGUCAAAAAAGCCAAAUAAAGAAUUUGACUGCAGUAUUUGUACCAGGAAAUGCUCCUCCAAGUUGGCACUACAGAGACACAUGGGAACACAUACUGGUAUAAAACCAUUUCAUUGUCAGCACUGUGAUUAUAAAACCAGACUAAAGGCAUCACUGAUACAGCACAUGAGAGUUCACACGGGUGAGAAGCCAUUCAAGUGUACAAUCUGCCAAUAUGCUUCCAUUGAUGCCAGCUCUCUAAGGCGGCAUUCCCGCACACAUUCUACUGAGAAACCUUACAAAUGCCAGCUGUGCACUUAUAGUUGCAUCCAAAAGAAGAGUUUGGACCUUCAUGUGCGUAGGCACCACACGGGUGAGACCUUUGGGUGCCAUUUAUGUGUCUACUCCUCUCCUGACAAACAGCUUUUGCAAAAGCAUCUGAAGAAACACCAGAAGGAGAUGGAAGAAACUUUAAGGAGCAUUCAAACAACCCCUAGAGUGGAGCCAUUUACAACUGAACAUCUUGUGGGAGCCUGUAACAUCCUGCAAACUGGCAAACCUUAAGAAGCCAUGUUCAGAGGUCUGCAAGCUAGAGGUUUCUCCCCAUUAUUUCUAAUAGGUUAGCUGGGCCAGCUAUUACUAUCUCAAUACUGAAGGAGCUGGCAACAAUAAUGAAAUUCACUGAUGGCUUGGAGUGUGUUCCAAGAUUGUUAGCAUUCUGAAAGGAGCUUUGGUAUGUCAGAGUUAGAAUGUGCCAGUGAACUGUGAGAAAGUUAACUGCACAAUCCUUUAUGCUUACAAAAACCCAGUGUCUCUGUUUUCCAGCCUUUUAGACCCUUUCCAACUGAGCAUGCUCGACCCCAGUGUUAACCCACUACUUAUUUACUUUUCAAAGAAGAGUUAAAGUGAUGGGUUUAGCUUUAUAAGGACUGUAUUUGCACUGAGGCUGCCUCAAGAAAUUAGAGAAUGAAUUAAAAUUUAAACCAAAGAUUGAAGAAGCCUCUUGAUCAAGCCCACUGCUCUUUACUUUCAGCAUGUUGUUAAUAAACAGUGUUUCCCAAUGCACUUGCAUUUUAAAACAAAGAGGAGGUGGUCAGGAGCAGUUUGACUUUCUCUGGAGCUUUUCUGCCACGUUUGGUUUCAUCAUGCAUUCUGAUGGUCCAACUGUUAAAUCUUCUGCUGUUACAUCAGACACAGCUGUAAAAUGUUUCCACCAACACAGCCUACAAUUGAAUAUGGGUUAGUUGCAUGAAAUUGCAAAAUUGCU